UUUUGAGGCAUGUUUAGCUUUAUUUGUUGGAAUUAGUGUUAUUUAGUAUCUUACUGAGUUGGAAUAAAUUAAACAAACUCCAACAUGGCUUUACGGACGUACGGCGAUAAGCCGAUUAGUUUCCAGAUUGAAGAAGGAGGAGAAUUUUAUUGUGUUGGCUCAGAGGUCGGCAAUUACCUGCGGUUGUUCCGUGGGUCUCUAUAUAAAAAGUACCCUGGCAUGGUCAGGAGGACCCUGACCAAUGAAGAAAGAAAGCGUCUGGUAGACAAUGGGCUGGGCCAGCAUGUUCUAUCAAGUUCUGUGUCACUGCUGAAAGCAUCUGAAGUAGAAGAUAUUAUUGAAGGCAAUGAUGAUAAAUACAAAGCAGUAUCAGUCAGUCAGGAGCUAGCGACGCCUCGGGAAAGUAAAAGUAAGAAGCCACAUAACCCGUCAUGGAUGCCUGUGAUGCCAAACUCCUCACACUUGGAUGCGGUGCCUCAAGCCACUCAGAUUAGCAGGACCAGGGUUCACAACAAGAAGGUGCGCACCUUCCCUCUAUGCUUUGACGACACAGACAUGACUGCGAUGCUGGAGAACGCCUCGCAGAAGCAGAUCCUCGUCCCGAUCCGCCUUGACAUGGAGAUUGAGGGCCAGAAGCUCAGGGACACUUUCACUUGGAAUAAGAAUGAAUCAAUCAUAACCCCAGAGCAAUUCGCGGAGGUUCUCUGCGAUGACCUGGAACUGAACCCGAGCACGUUCGUGCCCGCCGUGGCGUCCUCCAUCCGACAGCAGAUCGACGCGUUCCCGAGCGAGCCCCCGGCCAUAUUGGAGGAGCAGAGCGACCAGCGGGUUGUCAUUAAGCUGAACAUACACGUUGGGAACACUUCGCUUGUUGAUCAGGUCGAGUGGGACAUGUCAGAAAAGGAGAACAACCCGGAAGCAUUCGCGACCAAGCUCUGCGCUGAACUAGGCCUAGGCGGGGAGUUUGUGACAGGCAUCGCUUACUCCGUCCGCGGUCAGCUUGGCUGGCAUCAGCGGACCUUCGCCUUCAGCGAGGCGCCUCUGCCUGUCGUUGAGACGCCGUACCGCCAGCCCGCGGACGCGGAGGCCUGGGCCCCGUUCCUGGAGACCCUCACGGACGCGGAGAUGGAGAAGAAGAUCCGCGACCAGGACCGCAACACGCGCCGCAUGCGCCGCCUCGCCAACACCACGCCCGGUUGGUAACACACACGCGCACACACACACACACACACACA